UGGACAGAUGGAGAAAGAAGACGAUCCCAUUUAUUCAACUCCUUUUCGGCAAAGCUCUCACUCACUUCCUUCACCUUAUAUGUUUGCUCCUAAUAUUUCUACAAGAUCAAAAGGAGGAUGGAGAGCCGUAAAAUAUAUCCUGGGAAACGAGACGUUCGAGAAGUUGGCUUCGAUGAGUUUGAUCGCCAACAUUACUGUUUAUCUACAUACCAAAUAUAAUAUGGAUGGUAUACUUUUGGUUAAUGUGGUUAGUAUUUGGUCUGGAACCUCUAAUUUGGCAGCUAUACCAGGUGCUUUGAUUUCUGAUACAUACCUGGGCAGGUUCCGCACCCUCCUCUUCGGCUCCAUAUCCUCUUUUCUGGGUAUGGGAGUUAUGACCAUGACGGCAUGCAUACCUCACUUUAGACCGCCACCCUGCAAUGGAAGUCAAUGCCAAAAGUCUGAGAACUGGCAACUAGGCAUCCUCUUUGCUGCUCUUGCAUUACUUGCCAUUGGAUCGGGAGGCAUUAGACCCUGCAACAUUGCCUUUGGGGCUGACCAAUUUGAUGUCUCAACAGAGAAGGGGAAGCAUCAACUAGAGAGCUUCUUCAAUUGGUGGUACUUUUCAUUUACUUUGGCCCUUAUUGUAGCUCUUACUGUGGUUGUCUACAUUCAGACUAAUGUCAGUUGGAUUCUUGGCUUCGCCAUACCAACCGGCUGUUUUCUUCUCUCUAUAAUCAUUUUCUUGAUCGGCUACCAUACUUACAUUCUCAAGGAGCCUCAAGGAAGUGUUUUUAUUGACAUGGCAAAAGUGAUCACAGCCGCUUUUAGGAAGCGCAAAGUAACUGUUGCUUCAGUUUCAGAAACCUCCCUUUACGAUCCUCCUUUGCCCGCAUCAGACUCAGAGACGACAAAUAUUCCACACAGUGAUAGAUUCUUGUGCCUUGACAAGGCUGCUGUGAUACUUAAUCCAAGUGAAUUGGAUGACCAAGGCCAGGCCAAGAAUGAAUGGAAGUUAUGUAGCGUGCUACAAGUGGAACAACUGAAAAUGUUGGUAGGAAUGUUUCCAGUUUGGGUAGCAGGAAUCAUUUGUUUCAUAGCCAUGGACCAAAAUAACACAACUGGAAUGCUUCAAGCAAUUCAGACUAAUACAAUAAUUGGGGGUUUCAAUAUGCCACCUUGUUGGAUGGGCCUAGUAUCAAUGCUUUCACUUUCAUCAUGGAUAUUCAUUUAUGAACGUAUUAUUGUACCUCUGUCUCGUAAAAUGACAGGAAAGAAAAGAAGAAUGACAAUGAGAGAAAGAAUUAACACUGGUAUUGUGAUGGCAAGUCUCAGCUUAUUGGUAGCUGGUUUUAUUGAAAAGAAGCGUAGGAUCUUGGCUUUAGAACAAAAGUCAUUUAAGUCAUCUCUGAGUAUUUUAGCACUGGUGCCACAAUUUUGCUUCUCAGGUUUGACAGAAGCCUUUGCCGCUGUGGCCUUAAUGGAAUUUUUAACUACAAAAUUGCCAGAAUCAAUGAGGACUGUUUCCGGAGCAAUAUUCUUUCUGAGCUUAUCAAUUGCAAGCUAUUUGAACUCCCUUCUAGUUAAUGUGAUUCAUGGAAUAACUGGGAAAAAUGGAGCUGCUCCAUGGCUUGGUGGUACUGAUCUUAACAAAGAUACCCUGGAGUAUUUCUAUUUCAUGAUUGCAGUCAUUGAAGUAUUAAAUCUUAUAUAUUUCAAUGUCUUCGCAUACCGUUUUUUGUCGAAAGAAAAAGAUCCCAAUUCCAGAACGGAGGAAAAGCAGGAGACUGUAGAAUCUGUUUAA